GACAUCUCAGUUUACACCUAUUAUUGUUUCUUGUAAGGAGCUUAAUGAACAGCAAAUUCGACCCGCUGUUUCAAGAAAGGAUCGUUUCACUUGACUCUUCGUCGAUACCCCAUGGAGAAAGCACAGCUAUUGAGUCGGGCGCAUGGGAUGCCGCUCAAAUGGCUAAAUUAUCAAAUGGAACUUCUUCAGUGCCGCUGCCUGGAGCAACAGGUUCUUUAGAUGUUCCCUCGGCGCCAGCCGACACACAAUUGAAGUGGGAUGACAUUUGUGAGUCUGCAGGUUCCACAACGGAUACCCAGAAACCAUCACCGGCAGAUUUUCAAGGUUCCCCCUACACCACUCGCCUCACCACACCACCUACAAACGAUAUAAAGAAGCAGAGUAUCAACCCAGUCUUAAAGGCUUUACAGGAACAAAUUGCCAAACGUACGAUGUUGAUUGAUGCGGCAACGAAGGAGAAAAUGACCAAGAUCAUUGCAGCCUCAAAGGAAUACAUAGAAGAGCAGAAGUCAAAGCGUGAGAGGCAGAUUGCAGAAGCCAAGGAGUUACAUAAAAAGACACAAGAUGACGAUGAGAAAAAUAAUGAGGAUUUAAAGAAGAGUGAUGCAGUGUGGACUGGAGUUGGGAAGGUUGUUGAUCUUCAGAAACCGAACCCUUACUCCAAGAACACAGAGCGCAUGCGAUCUAUUUUGUCAACACUUAACCAACCUGACAAGGUCAUUUCAAAAUAG